UGACAGUGUUGUAGCUGCGUUUAUCUUCCGGCUUUUCCGUCGCUGGUUUUUCCUCCUCGGGUUGAUGCUUACGAUAGGUUUUGCCCAUUUACAGAGCGCGUUUGCGGGAGGUAGAAAUUCUCUGGACGGGAAGAGUGUCACCCACCACAUCCCCCUCGAAUUUCUUCCUUUACGCUGUCCAUUUCCGGGCGGCACCUGGAAACAGGGGACUAACUGGAAGUGUCUGAAAUAGAAGAUGGCGGCUGGUCGGCGAGGUUGGGAGUGUGUGUGUGGCAGCUGGCGGGUAGACUGGCCCUUCUCCCGGUCUAGGCUGGGCUGGGUGUUGCUCCUAAUACAUUAUCUGAGCUUGGCUCUGGUCCCGGCGAACGCUGACAUGACGGAUGGGAACAGCGAGUACCUGAAGCGGGAACACAGUUUAAUGAAGCCGUACCAGGGAGUGGGCUCAAGUUCAAUGCCCCUGUGGGAUUUUAGUGGGAGCACAAUGCUAACAGGCCAGUAUAUUCGUCUAACACCUGAUGAUCGCAGUAAAAGUGGAUCGAUCUGGAACCGAGUGCCUUGUUACCUCAAGGACUGGGAGCUUCACGUCCAGUUCAAAGUUCAUGGAGCAGGGAAAAAGAAUCUUCACGGUGAUGGGUUAGCUGUAUGGUACACAAAGGAUCGAUUAACACCUGGCACCGUAUUUGGAAGCAAAGAUAUGUUCCAUGGUUUAGGACUUUUCAUUGACACAUACCCAAAUGAUGAGACUGCUGAUCGGGUUUUUCCCUACGUCUCAGCAAUGGUCAACAACGGAUCUUUAAUGUAUGACCAUAGCAAAGAUGGGCGCACCUCUGAGCUUUCUGGAUGUCCAGCAGAACUUCGAAAUGUUGACCACGACACUUACUUAGCAAUUCGUUACUCAAGAGGCAGAUUAACAGUGAUGACAGACGUUGAAGACAAGAAUGAGUGGAAAGAGUGCAUAGAUAUUAGUGGGGUGCGUCUUCCCACUGGGUAUUUCUUUGGUGCAUCUGCAGCUACGGGAGAUCUGUCAGACAACCACGAUAUUAUUUCCAUGAAGCUCUACCAGCUGACUGUGGAACACUCACCUGAGGAGGAAAACAUAGACUGGACAAAAAUUGAGCCCAGCGUCAGCCUUCUCAAAUCUCCUAAAGAUAACAUUGAUGAUCCAACGGGUAAUUUUCGUAGUGGGCCACUGACUGGUUGGAAAGUCUUCCUGCUGCUGCUUUGUGCAUUGCUUGGGAUCAUUGUGUGUGCAGUGGUGGGUGCUGUGGUCUUCCAGAAGCGUCAAGAGCGCAACAAACGAUUCUACUGAAUGACAAGCUCUGCAGCAGGCCUUUAAAAUGUGAAGUGUUCCUUUUCUACACUGUGGUUUGUAUCACACAAGGUGUUUAUAUCCAGAAUGGAGAAGACAAAUCAAAACUAUUUUCAUAUGUUUCUAUCAUAGAUGUGGGACUUGUGAUAUUAACAAGUAGAGAAAACAAUGAACGGAUAUCACACAGCUCCCUCCCUCUGUCACUUUCUGAUGGGGACCGUGCUUCCUUUUUUAACAGACAUGGUUGUUAAGAGUACAAAUGAUUUGGGUUUUUUUUUAACUAUUCCUGAAAUGUUGGGCUUGUUUGACCUGAUUCCUUUAUCUACCUUUUAUCAGAUGCACAGUCAUCAGGGUGAGAGUUUGCUUAAGUGGUUUUGUUCUUAAUUGGGGCUGCAUGUUCUGUUGCUUUCUCCAGAUUAGCCCCUAUCCUGUUCAUUGUUGCUCAGAGUCUGCCUCUGGCUUUACCACUAUUUGAAUUUGAUUCUGGCUCUGACCUACUGCUCUUGCUCUCAAAGGCACACUAGUGUGGAAGCAGGAAUGGAUUGGGAAUUUCAGAAGUUCCAUUUUGGUUGUGGAAAUUUGUUUAGAAUUUUAACAGUAUUGGACACAGGACAGUUAAUGAGUUGUGGCAUGUUUCCCCUAACUUUCCCAAAUGGGGUUCAGUAAACAUUCAGCUAUUCUGUUCAGAAACUGGACUGUGCUGUGCCAUCCACUCAUCACUAGCUUUGAAUCAAGACACAGGCCAUUUUUUGUAAAGCCUUUUUUAAUCCUGGAACUUUAAAACUUUAUCUUCAUCCUGAUUCUUUUCUCUUCCAGUGAUUUACAGCUUUAAAUCCCAACGUUGUUAUCAACUGGCUGCUGCCUCCUGAUUUAAUUUUUUUUUAACAUCACAGUAGGAUCUUUUAUUAUUGAACUUCAGUGAAAGGAGCAAACUCUAGUUUCAUCCUGCCAUGUUAGAAGGAUUAACAAAGUGAUUCUAUUUUAAUUGAGUUAUACAAGCUGCUGCACUUGUCAGAAGUUAUAUUGGGAUUGAUCAGCUUUUAAUGAACUGAUGUAUUUUCUUGCACUCUUCUGUGGGCCAGGGAAAAACUGUUUUAAACCUGAUGGCUCCUUGAUAAUCAGUUCACUUGGGCAGUGCAUAGGAAGUUGAAGAUGUUCAUCUUUGGGAAAAGGCAACAACACAAGUUGUAUUCGUGUGUGAUUGUAGUUACAGUAAUGUAAAUUGGAAUGUAAGGAGCAACUUUGUGUGAUGGGUACUGAUAGAAAUAAACUAAUUCCCAAUUGCCUUUGGCUUGAGACUUUAUUCU